AUGGCAGAUGGAAAUUCGUAUAGUGGAGAUGAAUAUUCUGAGGAGGAUGAAGAGGGAGAAGAACUGGAUCCUCGUGUUCAGGUGAAAUAUAAACUGAAAGAUUUACGGGAGUAUUGUAAGCUAUUUUAAGUUUAAUCUUCACUGACUCAGUGACAAGCUUGAUAAAUUUCAGCUUCACUUUUUUUAACCCAGGACGAACUCGAAAAACUCAACGUCGCUGCGGAAUCUGUCAACCAUUUAGAAGCUGAACUUGAUGUGAGUAUGGAAUGUCUGCUUCGUUUUUACCGAUCUUUUUGUCGUCACGCAACGCUCCCAAGCUCAUCUUUGUCAUUUAUAUCUUCCCCAUUAGAUCAGAGAGUUUGGUUAGCGCUAGAAAAGGCCAAAUUAGUUUACAAAAGUGUACUAUUUUUGAAUCCCUGAAUCCUUGCAUGUUACAGUGUUGCUUAGCUCAGACCGAUUAGUGUUGAUUUUCAAUCAACAAUGUAUUUGACUUACCGUAUUUAUUCGAAUAAGCGCCCAACCUCGAGUUAGCACCCGCCUCGAAUAAGCGCCCAUCCUAACUGUAGAAAAAGUUAUUAAGUGCCCAGCCUCGAAUAAGCGAGCACCCCACCCAACCCCUCCCCCUCCCACUCAAACUCAAAUAAGUGCAACCACCCUUCUUUUUGGUUUUUUGGCAUAUCACUACCCCCUACGCCCCCCCCGCCCCCCGUCUGUCUGUCUGUCUGUCUGUCUCUCAGCUCUCUCAACAUUCCCUGAGAUUUAUUGGCAUUGUGAGUUUGUGGUUGAACAUAAUCAGAAUUAAGAAAACCUCUCAAUGUGAUGAGCACAAAGGAAUGUAUGCUUAUUUUUGGCAACAAUUUUAUUAAUUUUUAAACCAAUGAUAAUAUUACCAGCAUCCAAUAUAUGCAAUACUUUUGGAUGAGGAAUAUUGAUAUGGAUUUGAAAAUCUAGUUUUUGGACUUUCCAAUCGAACGAAAUUGAGAAAUAAGUUUUUUUCUUUUGAUUUGUUCAUUGAAAUCUGUUUGGAAGAAUUUAAAAAGUCAGCUCCUGAGAAUACUCAGAUAAGAGCAAUGUACCUAUAGGGACUGUUAGGUCUGGAAAAUCCACGAAAUAUCCUCAGUCCAGAAAUGUACCUAUAGCAGCUGGCUCUUACAUGUAGCUACAUCCCGGUCAACCAGCCUUCUUCUUUCUUUUCUUUGCUUCCUUUCUUUUAAGUAAAUUCUUAAUAUUGAUUUUCUUCUUAUUCAAUGUUUUGUAGGAGGCCAGAGCGGUCUUCCGGCAAACCAUGACAGCUGCCACUUAUCAUUUAAAUGCUCAGACAAAAAAGCUUGGCAAUAAGAACAUUGAAAAAGCUCGACCUUUUUAUGAUGUUUUGAGAGAGCUGCGUAAGGUAGGGAGGUCAGAGUUUAUUACAUGAUUGUAUAAGGAAGGUCAGACUCAACUGGCCGAAAUAGAAAAUUGAACCCAGAAGGACAAGCAGUUUACAAGGAUAUCUCUUUUUUCCCUAGAGAGACCUUAGCAUUCAAUUAAAAAAGAAAACAUUAGAGGCUUGUAUCAGAUCAACUAUAAUCAAGAAAUGUUGUAUGUUUUUUCCAAAAAGCAAAAAAGCUGGAUAAGAUUCCGGUCUAUUUUUUAGCUAAAACAACAAAGAGCGUGUCUGUCUGAAGUCUUGAUUUAAAACAAAAAUAGUUUAAUUGUUACAGAUAUCCUUCUGAGGAGGGAUUUUAAGCUGAACAUUUCUGUCUUUGGCACAUACAAUGUAUGUNCAUUAUACACUUAAUGUCAGAUCCCGAGGGAAACAGUUAGUUUUGUUUUCCCAAGAGUCCUGAUGUUUCCCGAGACGAAGUCGAGGGAAACAUCGGGACUCGAGGGAAAACAAAACUAACUGGUUUCCCGAGGGACCUGACAUUAAGUGUUUUGUUAUAUUUCUAGACUUUCACUUCAACAGCAACGAGAGAAUAACCGGAGCGAACCAAAACAGUCGACUCGGUACUUAUAGCAACACAAAUUUAAUUCUCAAAACCGCUGAAUGAAUGAUUUACAAAGUACCUUCCCUACAUUAUCUGCAUCAUUUUCCUCCACUAGCUGCUGUUUUUCUUCUGGGAACUUCUUGGAUAACUUUUUAAAUCGUUGCUUUUUAGCUUGAGGCUUCGUGUUUGUGUUGUUGUGUUCAUUCACGAAAAAGAAAACUGACAGGACCUGGCAGUAUUUUUCCCGCCUUUUGUCACGCCACUUUCCACCAUGCUUUGAUCACGUGCUGCAAUGUAUCCCGAGCGGGGUACAUUGCUUAAUGUAUCACGAUCGGGAUACAUUUGAUUUUAGUCAAGGCCAUGUGACCAAGAAUCAACCAAUGGUAGUCCCUGUUUAGUUGAGUGAAAGUCUAGGAAUAUAACAAUUAAUUAUUAUUCCAUUUGCGCACGUUGGAUAUGAGUUGGCUAUAACUAUCUCAUAUCCAACAAGCAUGAGUGAAAUAAUUGUUUUGGUAAAUUUUUUUAGACUC